AUGAAAAUUGAUAGAAAAGAGACGCCAUUACUAACCGCAGCAAAGAAUGGUAUCAAAGAAAUUGUGGAGAGCAUCCUCGAGCAUUUUCCAGUUGCCAUCCAUGACACGAACUCAGAGAAGAAGAACGUUUUGCUGUUGGCAGUGGAGAAUAGACAACCCUCUCUGUAUGAUCUCUUAAAACAGAAAUAUAAUAACGAAAGUGUAUUUCAUGCAGUGGAUAUUGAAGGAAACAAUAUGUUGCAUCUUGCUGCAAAUUACAAUAAGUCUAUGAAUCCUUGGAUUAUUCCAGGUGCUGCAUUGCAAAUGAAAUGGGAAAUCAAAUGGUACGAGCAUGUGAAGAGUUCCAUGCCACCAAACUUGAUGUUGUAUAACAAUGCUGGCAAGACCGCAUUGGAGGUCUUCACAAACACACAUGAAGAACUCGUACAACAAGGCGGAAAAUGGCUAUAUAAGACCUCGAAUUCAUGCUCGGUUGUAGCAGCGCUUAUUGCAACUGUUGCCUUUACAACAACAACCAAUGUUCCAGGAGGCGUAGAGAAAGGGAAACCAGUUCGUGGAAAGGAACUAGCAUUUCAAGUGUUUUCAAUUUCAUCACUAAUUUCUCUUUGCUGCUCAGUCACCUCCUUGGUAAUUUUUCUAGGGAUUCUCACCUCUAGAUACCGAGAGAAUGAAUUUAAGAUGGCCUUGCCAACGAAGCUUCUGGGGGGUUUGUCGUUACUUCUGAUCUCCAUAGCAGCUAUAUUGGUGUCUUUCUGCGCAGGCCACUUCUUCAUUGUGGAUGAUCAGUUUAGAUCUGUGGCAGUUCCAAUCUAUGCAGUCACCUGCCUGCCAGCUGCAGCAAUUUUCGCCCUGGGCCAUUUACCUUUAUACAUGGAUCUCAUAUGUGCCAUUCUUACGAAGGUCCCAACCAUUUUUUAUAAUGGAAGGUAUACUCCGUUGGGGAGUGAAACUUGA